AUGAGGCGUUUACUUGUAAUGGCAUCAGUCUGCGCAUUGGCACUAGCUAAGCCAGAAAUGUACAAAGAAAGUGAGGAUUUCCAAUAUUCUCGCAGUUCCUCAGACGAGGGCUCAAAGUCAGGAUUCUACGGAGCGCAGCGAGGUAACAUGGGAGGCAACUACGAAAAGGCGCAUAACAUGGACGGAUUAGCUCAACACCAAAUGAGUAGUGCCGUUCGGCAAGUAGAAGGAGAGCUGGGCGAUGGAGCAAAAGCGAAAUCGGGAAGUGUCUACACAGCUGCCAACUCAAGAGGAGUAUUCGGAUCAGGCCAUUACGAUCUCAGUAACUUGCAGGGAAGAAACUUCGAGGAAAGCCAGGCAUUUGAGGAUUCACUCUCACACUCAUCUUUAACAUCUCAAAACAGUGGCCACAACGGUCUCGCUUAUCAAAACUCCGGUUUCCGUGGUGGUUACACGAAGAGUUCGAGACACAGCUCUGGUUAUCAAACAGCCGACUACUUAGACCACCAUUCUAAUGAUUACGCACAAAACCAAAACUCACAAGCUGCCAGUUUACACCAAGCAAAUAAUAAAUACAGUUAUGGAGGUCAAGCUGCCGACAGGGACUAUAAAUAUUAUACUCAGGAUGCCAGUGGAGCUCAAAAUCAGUAUGAAGCGAAUAUCAAUAACCUUUACAGCUCGAAUACGUACGGCAGACAAGGAUCGGAUAACCCGAUAAGAGUAGUGGUGAGGCCCGGCUCAAUAGUCACAAUACCAGUUUCUGCUCAAACCUAUGACGCGUCAUCACAAAGAGUGGGGUCUUUCAACCAGAAUAGUAUCAAUUCGGACGCAGAAGCAGUCAACUCAAAUAGCGAUAGUCGUAUCUACAUAAAGCCAGGUACGAUUCAAUUCAAUAAACCGAAACAUUAUGAAUCCUCGUAUAGCUACAGAAAUGAAUGGGAAAAACAUAAUACGCAACCAGCAGCGGGUCUGCCCACUGAAAAUCCUUUUCCGAAAGAUAGUGAGCUUUAUGAUGAUUCUGUCCUAUUGCAAAACGCUAAGAGUCAAUACAAUUCAUUAGAUUCGAGCAGAGCUCAUUCUAGCAGCGAGAAUGUGAAUCAUUUAAGCAGCGCAAACGUAGUUCAAUCGAAUAUGUACAACGCCAACACAAAAUCUUCAAGCGCUAAUAAAUCGAAGUAUCGUUAUGAAUCGCAGGCCCAAAACUCGGCUGCAGCACAAUCGAAUGCAUACACGCUUGGAACACACACUUCAGAUUCAGCUGAUAGAUUAGAUGCAAAUGAUUUAGUUGAAAACAUUAACGCUAAACCGAAGAGUUAUCAUUCAUCUUAUUCUUAUCAUAAAUCGUGGGAGAGACGUGGUGAUCCAUAUGUGAUAAAACCUGUAGGCGGUGAAGCUGAUGGCCUAACAUCACAAAAACUCGUUUCGGCAUCUGCGAACCAAGGCGCCUAUUCAAGUCAUCAAUAUGGCCAACUCUUCAACCGCGCGCAUCAAAGUUAUUCGCAUAAUGGCGUAGACUGCGACGAAAAUGGACAUGUACGUGUUGCCCGCUCACCGAAUCCCGGAUAUGGUGGAAAUACGUUUAGUCAACAAUCACCAUAUGAAAACAUUGAAGAUCUAGGGCAACAAACACAAAAUCAAUGGGAUAACUUGGAGAGUUUAGGGCAACAAUCGCAGAAUCAAUGGGACAGGUUAGAAGAAUUAGGGCAACAGACUCAAAAUCAGUGGGACAAAUUAGAAGACUUGGGUCAGCAAACUCAAAAUAAAUGGGACACAACCCAAGACUUAGAACAGCAGUCACAGGACAAAUUGGAAUUUGGACAAGAAAUGCAAAACAUACAAAAUUUAAGAGAAACAGACCUAUCAGAUUUUCAACAAUCACAGCAAAAUAUUGGUCAGCUGAAUAACAAUGACUUGGAAAAUUUUGAACAGAUAAAUGAACAAUCACCAAGAGAGACACAGCAACAAACACAAGACAACUUAGAUUUUACACAAAAUGGCCAUAAAGAUAUGUAUGAUGUGCCAACAAUUAACCUAUUUCAAGGAGUUGAGAAACAAAAACAUAAUAGCGGCGAACUUUUUUGGAAUCAAAAGCAUGUGGAUACUGAAGAUACGUACAAAAUGUAUGAUCAAAAAGAAAUCGCUUCAGAAAACUUUGACUCACAAAUACAACAACAGUUAGCACUACAAGAGCAAUUACUGGCGACCAUGUCUGACAUUCUCAGGAAAAAUCAUCCUAAAGACUAUAACGAUAGUCCCUAUUAUGUUAAGCCUAUAACAGAUACAGCAGAGGAUAAAAAUGUAUAUCAACAUAAUCAAUACAUAAAUUUAAAUAAUCAAAAUGGGGGCUUUUCUGAACAACGAUACCACCAUUGGGAUAAUAACAACGAUAUGGGUAUGUCGUCUUGGCAACAUAGAUAUCAUUCAUCAUCGUCCCCACUAGACGGUUUUUGGAACAAGUUAGACAAUUUAGAUAACCAAGGAGGAUUUAAAAUAGACUCAAAUGGAAAUGAAAAUGAUGGAAACUCUUAUUUUAAUAAUGACUCAAACCAAUCAAAAUGGGAGCAAAAUAAUGAUGAUGACAGAGCAAUUGAUUUGAUUCAUUCUGAUAGAGAAUCAUCUACAAAUCUCUGGAAAAAGCAAACCUCUACUAUCUCAAGCACUACAACAAAUACAGAAAGAGCUACUACUACAAAUAAGCCAACAACUCAUUUUAAACCAAUAACGCCUUUGAAACCAGGUGAUGUUGGUCGAGGUGAUAUAGGAGCAGAUGAAUCUAUAAUAUCAGAUGAUGAAGAUAUUGCUACAAUUUACAGCCACACAACCCCUAAAAACCGGUAUAAGACACCAGAUGAAAUAGAAUCUCUUAGUUUAACAAAACCAUUAUCUAUUACAAAUAACAAAAAGGACAGUGGAGAAAAUGAAGACAUAAGAAGUAAUGAAGAGAUAAUUAAUGAAAUUUUCUUGAAACAUGAACCUAUUGUUGAACAAAUUGAAAAGACAUCUCCUAAACCAGUUGAUAAUAAAGACGCAUUUUAUCAAAACAACCCCAAUACAGCAAAUUUCUUGUUGCACAAUGUGGUACAGGAUAAACAAGCAAAUAGGGAAAUCUCAGGACAUAAUGUCCAAGAAGUUGAGCAAUACCCGUUUGAAAUGGAUAUGCAAAAUAAAGAUCAAGAUUUGGAAAGCUUUGAUUUAGGACAGCAAAUUCAAGGCUCUUGGGAACCUAUACAGAAAAGUAAUCAAGAAAUAGAAGAUAUCAGUCAAUUCUCACAGAAUACAUGGCAACCAAGCAACAAUAAACAAAGUGAAGGACAGGAAUUAGAAAAUUUUUCUAAUUAUAAAGAUAAUGAUAACCAACAGGUGCAAAAUCUAGAACAACAAUUUGAGCAUUAUGGCCAAGCUAAUGACAACCAAGAGGUGCAAGAUCUAGGGCAACAAUUCGAGCAUUAUGGCCAAACUAAUGAUAACCAAGAGGUGCAAAAUCUAGGGCAACAAUCGAGCAUUAUGGCAAACUAA